UAUGCAACAAUUAUUUGAAAAGAAAAGACGACGACGAGAAUCUCAUAAUGCAGUGGAACGACGACGAAGGGAUAAUAUCAAUGAACGGAUUUUUGAAUUAUCAACAUUAUUACCGGAAAGAGAUGCUAUCAAGAAUAACAAAGGUACCAUCCUGAGGAAAUCAGUCGAACAUAUACGUAUGUUACAUGAAGAAGUCAACAAAUGUCAACAUCGGAUUCAAGAAUUGGAAAAUAUGUUGGGAAUGUACCGAAUACGUGGUGGUACAUUGAAUGAUAUGAACCUGGAUAUGCAACAACAACAAAGACCUCCCAUGAUGCAACCUUCUACUAUGAAUUUUUCAACUGGUAUUCAACCUCAAUUAGCUUAUCGACGAGACGGUUGAUCUCCAUCCAUAGUGUUAUUCCCUUUCUCUUUCUUUUUUUUUUUCUUUUUUAGUAUUCUUCUUCUUCUUCUCCCUCCCAAUUUGUUCUAUACCAUUUUUAUAUCUAUUUGAAUCUAUAUUUAUUUAUCUAUUAUAUUCUAUAUACAUUUUUUUUUGAUCCUUUCCUCCUUUUCUCAUUCAAUGGAUCAUCACUUUUAAUAAAACAAAUAUGUCCUUCAUAUUCCUUUUUUUUUUGUUUCUAU